CAUCAGCUCGCCACAGAGAUGGAGGACUACCAUAAACCAGACCAACAGACAGUGCAGGCGCUGAGGAAUAUCGCCAUCCGGCUGCGCAUCAACUCCAUUAAGUCAACAACUGCCGCUGGCAGCGGUCAUCCUACAUCAUGUUGCAGUGUGGCAGAGAUCAUGUCAGUGUUGUUCUUCCAUACUAUGAAGUAUAAACCUGAAGACCCUCGUAACAUCAACAAUGACCGCUUCGUCCUCUCCAAGGGUCAUGCAGCUCCUGUGCUGUAUGCUGUGUGGGCAGAGGCAGGCUACCUCAAGGAAAACGAGCUCCUCAAUCUCCGCAAGGUUGACUCCAUCUUAGAGGGGCACCCUGUGCCGAAGCAGCAGUUUGUGGAUGUGGCCACUGGAUCUCUGGGUCAGGGGCUUGGUGCUGCCUGUGGAAUGGCCUACACUGGAAAAUACUUUGACAAGUCCAGCUAUCAGGUGUUUUGCUUACUGGGUGAUGGAGAGCUGUCAGAAGGAUCGGUGUGGGAGGCCAUGGCCUUUGCCUCACACUACCAACUGGACAACCUUGUGGCCAUCUUAGACAUUAACCGUCUAGGUCAGAGUGACCCAGCACCACUCCAACACCAUGUGGAGAAGUACCAGCGCCGAUGUGAGGCCUUUGGCUGGCAUGCCGUCAUUGUUGACGGCCACAGUGUGGAAGAGCUGUGUAAGGUGCUCAGUCAGCCUCGCUACCAGCCACUUGCCAUCAUUGCCAAGACUAUCAAGGGCAAGGGUAUCCCAGUGGCUGAGGAUAGGAUGGGCUGGCAUGGUAAACCCCUGCCAAAAGACAUGGCUGACAGUUUGAUAAAGGAGAUGCAAAGCCGCAUCAUCAGCUGUAACAAGCGUCUCUAUCCUGCUCCUCCAAAUGAGGACACAUCACCUGUCAACCUCCGCAACAUCCGCAUGUCGAAUGCACCAAGCUACAAACCUGGAGACAAGAUUGCUACAAGAAAGGCAUACGGGAUGGCCCUGGCAAAACUUGGUCGCUACAACAAGCAUGUGGUGGCUUUGGAUGGAGAUACUAAGAACUCCACCUUUUCUGAGCUCUUUAAGAAUGAACACCCCAACCAAUACGUGGAGUGCUACAUCGCAGAACAAAACAUGGUGAGUGUGGCAAUAGGUUGUGCUGCCCGUGAUCGUAACGUGGUGUUUGCCAGCACUUUUGCCACAUUCUUCAGCCGAGCCUACGACCAGCUACGCAUGGCUGCCAUCUCUGAGAGUAACAUCAACCUCUGCGGCUCCCAUUGUGGAGUCUCUAUCGGUGAGGAUGGACCCUCUCAGAUGGGUCUUGAGGAUCUGGCCAUGUUUAGAGCCAUUCCCAUGGCUACUAUUUUCUACCCAAGUGACGGUGUCUCCACUGAGAAAGCUGUGGAGCUUGCUGCCAAUACAAAGGGUUUGUGUUUCAUCCGAACAAGCCGCCCAGAGAACAACAUCAUCUAUAGCUGCAAUGAGGAAUUCCAUGUUGGUCAGGCUAAGGUUGUGUAUAAAACCAGUGAUGACCAAGUGACUGUGAUUGGAGCAGGAGUGACUCUCCAUGAGGCUCUUGCUGCUGCUGAACAGCUGAAGAAAGAAAGAAUUAACAUCCGUGUGAUUGAUCCGUUCACCAUCAAACCCCUGGACUCCAAGACCAUCAUUGACAAUGCCAAAGCUACCAAAGGACGCAUCAUCACAGUGGAGGACCAUUACUAUGAAGGUGGUCUAGGUGAAGCAGUUUGCUCAGCAGUAGUGAAUGAGAACGGCUUUAAUGUCCACCGUCUGGCAGUUUCCCAUGUGCCAUGCAGUGGAAAGCCCCAUGAGCUUCUCCGGAUCUUUGGCAUUGACCGUGAUGCCAUUGCUCAGGCUGUCCGUAAGAUGCUUUGUAGCUCUGCCAAUGCCAAGUAAAAGGAUUUCAGCAUUGGCAGCAGAAGCAACAAUGUGGUAAAGAACUCUGUAGUGAUCACCAUAUAGUGCGUUUCUAGCAAGUGGUCCGGUUUGGUUUAGUACGGUUUGUUACGGUUUAGUACGGUAAACCUAAUCUUGCUUGCGUUUCUACAGCCAACUGUAGCCAGGCACUUUACACAGGAAACAUGUUGGCUGAGUGAUGGCUCUCAGACAACUUUAAUUUUUAUUUAGGUGUGCAUAGAAGUAAAUCAGGCCAUUCAUCUGCCAGCGAGUCUUGUAUCCGUCUCAUGGGCUGAAAGUCUAGAUCCCUGCCAAAAUACACAAAAAUGAGGACUGUAUUGGCUUUGUAUCAGCUAUAUUAGUGUCAAAACCAUGAAAAAUGUAGUAUGAACGUAAUUUCAGAAGGAUUUUUAAAGCUAAAGGGUUGUUAUGAAAUCCAUUGGCUACAGGUUAGCUAUGUUAAUGAUUAGAUAACAUCAGGUAUAGGAAAUGUUUCAUCUUGUGUGGUCUCCCUCUCUGUUUGCAUCUAUCUCUGUGGCCCUCUCACUUUUAGGUGUUUAGCUGUUUUUUAACAAGAUUGUCCCGAUAUCUGUAUAACACCUGUGAGCAUUCCCCAAUAUGAAUAAAAGUACACAAAACGGAGUCAUAAUUAAUUCAGGUACAUAAUUGUACUCUCCCAAUACAUAGACUGAAGUGUAUCUAGCCCCACCCUUUAGGAUUGGAUAGGUACACUUCUUGCCCCAACAGAAGGUUUCCAACAUAGUAGGAAGGUACAGAUUGGUUCUUUUGGUACCUUCCCUAACUUAAGAUAGUGGAAACACAUUUUGUUUCGCAUACUGUACAGUCCCGUACCGAACUGUACCAAACUGAACCGGACUGUUUGGAGGAAAUGCAGCUAUAGAGACGACAAACCAAUUAACACAGAAGCACUCUUUGCCCACUCACAUUGUCUUCCACGUAAAGAUAUCUGAAGCAUUCCUUGGAAAAUACAAUAAUUAUAUGAUAAAAACGUGUUUUUUAAAUAUCCCAAAGUUCAACCCAUGGAUUUGUGCGUUUAGUAAACACUCCCCCUUCUACCUGUCCCAAAGGAAGUCCUGGAUUGCUGUAGUGUUUAGGUAAAAUCAGUGGGUGUGGUUUGGAGUAAAGUGAAGAUUUUUUUUUUCUGUGACCCCCUCUUUCUUCUACAAUGUUAUGUCUUCACCCAGUAUAACUUGUGUAGAAACUAUGGUUUGGUCUUUCCAAGCACUGAAUGUUUUCAAUCCUUUUGCCCCAGACUUGAAUGGAACUGCUUCACACAAUUAAAGGGAUGAUUUCUUAGCAA